AUCCAAAAGACUAUCUUGUCUUCUCUCUGCAAAAAAUCCUGUCAUUACUCUCUUAAACCCUUUCGCCUUUCGAAUCUCCCUUUUUGCUCUUUUUGGCUCUCUUCUUCUUCAUCUUCUUCUCUCUUCAAUGAUUCCUCUCUCAGAAUUUCCCUCCAUUUCCCAUGACCGCAAAACGCAUCGACAGAGAUUUCCCCUCUUCCGGCGAUCCCUCCGCCGUAAAACGCCUUAAAGACCUCCACUUUUCCGAAGAUGAUACCACACUCGAAGACGACGACGGCGGCGCAAUCAACCUCCUUAGCCUACUGCUCCGAUGCGCCGAAUACGUCGCGACGGAUCAUCUCCGUGAAGCCUCGACCCUCCUCUCCGAAAUCUCCGAGAUAUGUUCUCCGUUCGGCUCCUCUCCGGAGCGAGUCGUCGCCUACUUCGCCCAGGCACUGCAAGCGCGCGUGAUCAGCUCCUACCUCGCCGGAGCGUGUGCUCCACUCCCGGAGAGUCCCCUCCUCACCGUUUUCCAGUCCCAGAAGAUCUUCGCCGCCUUGCAGACGUUCAACUCCGUGAGCCCUCUGAUCAAAUUCUCCCAUUUCACGGCGAAUCAAGCAAUCUUCCAGGCGCUUGACGGCGAGGAUUCCGUCCACAUCUUCGAUCUCGACGUGAUGCAAGGCCUUCAAUGGCCUGGGCUCUUCCACAUCCUCGCUUCCCGUCCUCGAAAACUCCGAUCCAUCCGAAUCACCGGAUUCGGCUCUUCCUCCGAUCUCCUCGCCUCCACUGGCCGGAGACUCGCCGAUUUCGCGGCCUCCUUGUCCCUCCCGUUCGAAUUUCAUCCAAUCGAAGGCAAAAUCGGAAACCUAAUCGAUCCGAGCCAACUCGGGACGAGACCCGGCGAGGCUGUGGUAGUUCAUUGGAUGCAGCACCGGUUAUACGACGUCACCGGGAGCGAUCUGGAUACAUUAGAGAUGAUACGGAGGCUGAAGCCGAACCUGAUAACGAUGGUGGAGCAGGAAUUGAGCUGCGACGAUGGAGGAGGAGGAAGCUGCUUUCUAGGGAGAUUCGUGGAGGCGUUGCAUUAUUACAGUGCCUUGUUCGACGCGCUUGGAGACGGAUUAGGCGAGGAGAGUGGAGAGAGAUUCACGGUGGAGCAGAUCGUGCUCGCGACGGAGAUAAGGAACGUAAUAGUCGGAGGAGGAAAGAGGAGGAGGAGGAUGAGGUGGAAAGAGGAGCUGAGUCGGGUCGGGUUUAGACCCGUUUCGCUUCGGGGCAACCCGGCGACGCAAGCGGGUUUGUUGUUGGGUAUGUUGCCGUGGAAUGGGUAUACGCUGGUCGAAGAAAAUGGAACCCUCCGUCUUGGCUGGAAGGAUCUCUCUCUUUUGACUGCUUCCGCUUGGCAAUCUCACCCGUCUGAUUGAUUUUACGAUCUCCCAUGUUUAUUUUUUUCUUUCUGUAAACAUUUUUUUUUUUCCCUUUCUUCUACACUUUAUUGUUGUUUUAAAGAAUAACGAAAAGGUUGGAGAAAGUUAAUUUUAAAUAAUCAUGAAUGUUAUG